AUGAGCAUGGACACCUCAUUGGCCCGCGAUUACAUCGACGGCACCGCUGGGAUCAUUUCCAUUCCAGCCGAAUUCCUCGACAACGUGAGGGCCAUGUUGAGGGGUGACGUCGAGGCAGCCGAGGCGGCUGCGGGGGGUAUCGGGAAGCUGGUUCCCUGGUUCCAGGUGUCGGAUCGCGGAAGUAUGAAGCAGCUGGCGACGCUCCGGCAGGGCAGACGAGUGCGAGGAGCGGUUCAGUCAUUAAGCAUGCCAUCAGCUGCUGAGCGGAAGCGUGAUCAAGUACACAGUACCCUUCACGUAGAGAUCUACAACAGCGCUAGCGCCUUCCAGCUCAUGCUAGCUGUUCAUCCGAGCGUGGUUCUCUGUGUCACUACUGAAGUCAGCGCUCUCCGACCCAAAGACACCGCCUCCCUCGGCUCUGCUCCUGACCAGAACAGUGCGCGCGGCAGCAUCACCUUCUGGAUGAAGGAUCCGAGGCCACACGAAGGAGACGGAGAUUCGUUCGACGUUUCGCACGAAAUCACGGAACACCGGAAAGGUUUCCGCGUGAUCCUGACGAAUGAGAUGAUCGGUGAGGUUCGAGGACGGAUGAGACUGCAGGGCUUUGAUGCGGAUUCGACUGAGGCCGUUGUGAAUACUCUCAGUGGCAAGCAGGAGGCGGGAGGCGUGUACUCCAUGGACGUCCGCAGGUUCGGCGGUGGACUGAUCGAAAGCAAUCCGGGGCGCUAUCGUUCGAGCGUGGACUUCAGGAACUUAGCAGAGGGGCUGCAUGGAGCACGUAAUAAUGUCUACAGCUCUGUCAGUAUGAAUGCAUACCUUCCAAUCGCAGGGACUGUACUCAAGCGGACUAGUCCAGCAGUAUCCUGGGAGCCUACAUGUACAGUUACUGCGCCUUCGGCUGCAGCUUCCAACGCCACGGACCUCGCCACAGAUGACGCUGAGCCCUCUCGGCAUCGGGUCGUGCCUUAA